UCGACGCACGGCUUCCAGUGCACGCGAGAUGUCCGUCGUGAUCGUCUAUCGUGAACUUGGUGAACCACUGUAGACCCUCGUUACUCUCCUCUUUUGUUUCCAUCCUUUCUUUUAUACCAAAGGGGACGAAUGUGGUCCAAGUAGUCGCUGUAAAUCGUGAUACAGCCAUUUCUUUCGUGGUGCGACCAAUCUGAAGGGAUGACCUGACCCAAGAAGUCAACGCUGGUGAUUUCUGCUAGUCCAGUCUGUUGUUUCAAAGUGAUUACAUCUGUCAGCGUAUGAAUGUCGGAUGAAUCGAGACGAAAGACUCGAAGACUUUUCACGAUGACCUCGCGUUCUUCCCGUUCGUCGUAAUCUUUUUAAUUAAACUACGACCGUCGUAAUCUUUCUAAUUAAACCACAGCGGCCGUAAAUACGAGACGUUUAAUUUAACGGCGAGUAUGUCCGUAAAUUUCGCUGCGAAAUUCUUGGCAUCUCUUCAGGCGUACCUACCGUCGUAAAAAUUUUCGACGAUUGUCGACCGAACGCAGAGAGAAAGAGAGAGAGAGAGAGAGAGAGAGAAAAGAAAACGAAACCAGUUGCAAUACCAAACAAGUGAAAUACCGUGUAUAAUAAAAUGCACGGCAAGAGAGUGUUGGUCGUGCUGCAAGGUGUCCUUCGGCUGGCAAUGAUUCAUGUUGUCGCUUGAAUCGAGAAGAACGACCGGGAGAUUGAAUCGCGAAAAGGGAAUAUCGAUGAUCUAUGUUCGUGAAAGAAUAAAGCUCGAAUCCACCGGGACCUUCCUAUCCCCGAGGAUUAUUUAAAUCUGUCGGUGAAGCUGAUUUAUGUCAUUGUCAGGACCAUGCCUCUCAGAUCGAACGAGUCUUCUUCAAGGGACACCCUCAAUACUGUUGCAACCUCGGAGGAACGGCGUCGGACCGGAAGAUACGUCGCCGGUGGAGCUGUGCUGGCAAUCAUGCUACUCGCUGUGCAUCAUGCGCUCUUACGGGAAGCGUCCACCAUAGCUGGUGUCAGCAUACCGGCCAUAAUAAUGGUGUGCUACAUUAUCUGGAUCCUGUAUUCUGCCCACAGGGAUAGACGAAAGGCGUUGCGAUUCGCCACAGCGAUGCAACUGACAGAAGUAAUCAGCGUGCCAGCCACUUCCAAUGAGAUGAUCUGCAGAAACGGGACGAGCAAGAACGAGAUACGAAAGGCGGAUUCUUCCAAGUUGGCUUACGAUACGCGAGCAUCCCGCGAGAAUCCUGCGUUCUCAUCCAAGGACGAAGCUGCGUGAAAGGAACCACUCGCGAGAACUCGCAUUCUUCGACUGGACUUUCGUUGGUUUUUCACGACGAACAACGAAUUCUUCGAUAAAUACCUUCCUUCAGCCGCGAAUUCUUCGUCUCAUCUCUUCAGUAAUCACUCGAGCGACGGUUUCUUGCCGGGUGGUUAUUAAGUUUUACUGCUAAUAGCAAUAAAUACGUAGGUUCGCAUCAGUAGCGUUGAACGAGUCCCAUUCGAGCGGACAAGUUUCGCAAGAUAGAAUUAUUUGUUUGGUCCGCCGGCGGGAUUAUUUAGCUGCGUGACGCAACGUUUUCGUUGGCGGUAGCGGCGUGUGCACGCCGCCCUUCUUUCGCAAAUAAAUCUAUGCAGUGGCGGAGAUAAAUUUCGAAAAGCGUCGCGAUCGCUUGGGAAAUUUAUUCCGAGCAAUCGCCACGACAAAUCGUUGCGGCUAUUUUGCGGACAAAGCUUCGAGCGUGGAUCGAUUUCGGGGACCUUUCCCUCGCAGAUCUACGGUCGACUUUGAUCCCUUUAUUUCACCAACCACUGUGAUUUUUUAUCCUUAUGGGUGAGAUGCCGUCCAUGCAGAUUGGUUAGAAGGUCCAUGUGUCGGAUUACGAGAAGGAAACCGUGGAAAGGCCAUAUUUCCAUGGUUACUUAAACUCCCAGCUGCUCGUAAAUUACGGUUAUGAAGAGUGACGCGGAAUAUUAGUCGAAAAAUACGAGCUGCGUUUAAUACGACUUAACGAAAGCCUCCUUAUCCUAUCGUUUUUGCUCAUUCUGCUCGAGCGACGGAGCAAAUCGGACAGCGGCGGAUAAAACGACGAACCAUUGUUUUUAAUAAAAAUUCAAUAAAAUCCAACAAGCGUCUAUUUUGUCUAAGAACGAAACCGAUGAAUUAUAACUUUUUCUUGCUGGAUCGCGCAAAAUAUUUUGAUAUUUGUAUAAAAACCUUACAUGAAUAUAUUAUGUGUGCCGUAUGAAACAUUUGAAAAUUUUAUUAGCGCUGUAACGAGACACAGCUAUUUUGACUGCACUCGUGCAUUUUGAAGCCAGACAAUUAGAUAUUCAUUGAAAACAUACGCUA